AUGAUGGGUAACAUGAUGGGGAAAAACGGGUAUGUGGGGAAAGAGCUCCAAGUUUGGGCGGGAAUGGCUGCUGAUGCGACUCAAAAUCGGCUGGGAGGAAAAGGGCAUGCUGUGCUGUCAAGUCAGGGCAUUUUCCCCUUUGCCAUCCCCGCUUCUCUUCCCCAUCCCCCUCCGCCCUCCCCCUCCCUUUCUCGUGCAGAAGCAGGGUGCGAUGUGGCUGCAGAACUAGCAGGGUUAAAGGAAGUCCCUCCGUACCCUCCCCAUCCCCUGCGGCAUGCGCUGAGUGAUGAGGCGGCACAUGCUGGCGAGGCAGAAGGAAAUUGUCCCCUCCCCUCUUCCCAUCCCAUUCCCGCGCCAACGCCCCAUCCCCCUCCCAGUCCCCCUCCCACUCCCCCUCCCACUGCCCCUCCCAAUCCGAAUCCCACCCACUCCCACCCAUCCUCACCCUCCUCAUCUCCAUCCCCCUCCGCCUCCCCCCGGUCCAUGGGAACAGAGAAUGAUGGGGCGCCACAUGCUUGCAGGGCUGAGGGAGGCUCCUCUGCUAUGUGA